CGUUUUCCAGGUAAGGCAAGAGGCGGGCCAGCCAGACAAAGAAGGCUGAUCUCAUCCGCUAACUAGCAGGCCACGAAUAUCGGUGAAGUGUCAAUUAAUGAUUAAAAAAGGUUGCCAGGUUGGAGAAGGCUCAGACGGAGCCCAGCUGAGCCAUGGCACACACACCCGAGGCCUCUCCCCGUCAUCUGAUGCUCCAGUUCUGGGAGGAACACUCACAAAAUUCCUCGCUGGAAGAAAUGAUGCUGGAUUCAGGAGCGCAGGAACUCACUCUGGAAGAUACACCUGAGAUACUCAGUCUGCUGCCUUUCCUGGAAGGACAGGAGGUGUUAGAACUGGGAGCCGGGAUAGGCCGAUUCACUGGAUCUUUAGCAGAAUUAGCCAGUCACGUUACCGCAGUGGAUUUUAUGGAUAGCUUCCUGACCCGGAAUCGGCAAGGAAACAGCCACCGAACCAACAUCACGUUUUUGCAGGCCGAUGUCACCAAUUUGGAAUUUCCAAGCCAGAGUUUUGACCUCAUUUUCUCUAACUGGCUGUUCAUGUACCUGUCGGACACCGAGCUAAAUGCUUUGGUCCAGAAGAUGCUGCUGUGGCUACGGCCGCAGGGCCAUAUUUUCUUCCGGGAAUCGUGUUUUUACCAGUCAGGAAACAGCCCAAGACGUUUUAACCCUUCCUUUUACCGAAAGCCUGCAGAAUACAAUCAACUGCUCACUUCGGCACAAGUGUCAACUGGAAACAUGUCUUAUGGCUUUGAGAUUGUCCUGUCCCGGUCAGUGAAAACCUACAUCAAGAAAAAGCAAAACCAGAAUCAGAUUUGCUGGCUUCUCCAGAAAGUCCCCCGGGAGCUCAAAAACACACUUGGAUAUGACACCUUCCAGAAAUUUCUGGACAACGAGCAAUAUGCCACUCAGAGCAUCCGGCGCUACGAAUGGGUCUUUGGACCCACGUUUGUCAGCACAGGGGGCUUGAAGAGCACCAAGGAGCUGGUACGCUUGUUGGAUUUGAAACCGGGUCAACGUGUGCUGGACGUGGGCUGUGGACUUGGGGGUAGCGAUUUUUACCUGGCCAAGGAAUUUGGGGUGGAGGUCUUAGGCCUUGAUCUUUCCUCCAAUAUGGUGGAGAUGGCGCUGGAACGGGCGCAACAGGAACCCAGCUCGCUGGUCCAGUUUGAAAUCAGUGACGUGACCCGGAGGAUAUUCCCGCAAGCGUCCUUUGAUAUUGUUUACAGCCGAGACACUAUCCUGCACAUUGAAGACAAAAUCGGUCUUUUUCAGAGGUUCCUGUCAUGGCUGAAAGCAGGCGGGCAGCUUCUCGUCUCCGAUUAUUGCUGUGGGCCGCGUCCAUGGUCCACCGCUUUCACGCAAUACGUCGAGCAGAGGAAGUACAAUCUGCUUACUCUGGGAGACUACGGCCAGUUACUGCAAGAGGCUGGCUUUGUCCAGGUCCGAGCGCUGGACUCAACGGACCAGAUGUUGUCUGCAUUGACUCAAGAGCUUCAAGCGCUGGAGACAAGCAAGGAGAAGUUUGUCCAGGAGUUCUCGGAGGACGAGUUCGAGUCCAUGGCAUCCGGAUGGCGAGCAAAACUGCAACGCUGCGCAGCCGGAGACCAACGCUGGGGGGUCUUCCUCGCUCGGAAGCCAGAGUAGACCAGGGCAGGGAUUCAGCCGCCACCCACCCACCCCUUUUCUACCCUCCAAAAACCUUCCUGAACCUCCAGCUCUUAGCAGCCCACUCCAGAUGGGAACAGCCUGGCUUGUUCCCUGCACUUUGGCAAGUCCCACCGGCUUUGCUCGGGAACACGGCGCUGGAGAAGACUUUCGUUUCCACCCAACCGACGACGACGCGGCUGGCCCUCCGAGCAGAUGAUUGCAGGCUGAGUCAUUCCAGGGUGCUUGGCGAGAACCUCUCUCGCUCCUUCCCACCCAUCUGUUUUUGCUUUCCUCCCGUCCCUUCCUUCCAAAAUCCUUUCCAGGAUUUCGUCGGAGGGCAAGGAAUGUCCUGCCAGGGUCUGCCAUCUCGGUCUGGGUCUCCGCAGACGAAGCAUCCUGCAGAACUCCGAAGAUGACGCAGUUGGUCCUUUCACCUGUCAAAGUGCCCUACCGAAUAUGUACGGGUAGCUCCUUGACGUACGCCCCCAGCCGGUGCUCAGAAUUUCUGCUGCUAAGCGGGACGUGCGUUGAGCGGGCUUUGUCCCGUUUUACGACCUCUCUAAGUUAGGGACACGCUUGCUAAGUGACUCUGGCUUGAUUUCGCUUGUGACAAAAAGGGGAGAAUAAUAAUAAUAAUUAGUAAGGAGCUAUAGUAAAUAUGAGAAACAAUAAUCAUAAAUGAUAUCAGUUAAUCAGUACAUAUCCUUCAUCUUAUUAAAAUAUAUUCGCCAUUAAUAUCACAAUCA